UAACAAGAUUUUUCUUCCAAAACUACCCUCCUAUGAGUCGUCCCUCACAAAAAGAAAAAGUUGUUCAACUCUAAAUGUCACGUAGGCCUGCGCCGCGUUUUCCAAAUUGGGCUCACACACACCCCCUAACUGUCACACAUGGGCUUAAAAAUGGUCAGCCCGGCACGAGUAAUGACCCCAUUGCCCUAGCUGCCCAGGCCAGAGAACCAUGCCCACCAACAUGACCCAAUACCAGCUCCAGCUAUCAAUUUGACUUCAAUAAAAUGGCUGACUUUUUUUAGUUUAUGGUGAUCUUGUACAGCAGUAACUCCCAACUCUUAUCAUGAAAUCAUAUCAAAUAUUUUGAUUUUAUUAUCUAUUCAAAUGAACCUCAUUUAAAAUACUUUUGGAAGAAUUUUAAAGUUUAAUUAUUUGGUCAGAACACUACUACUCAACCUCACCUCAUAAUCUAUAUGUAUGUAGUGGUUAACAUGGCUUAUGGUUGCUCUCUAUUAUUAAGUCAACUAAUAAAUCUCAUUUAUCUGUCCCUCUAUUUUUCUCUCAUUCUGUUCAAAUUAUAUUACUACCAAAAGUAAAAUUGAAGUGAGAUUAAAUGAGUCACAAGAGGGGGUCAACGCCGAUGGUGGGGAGGCAGGUGGCUGGAUGGGUUCGUGGUCGAACGAUGAGACAGCAAGUAAGCAUGGGCACAAUUGCAGCAUUGGCGUUGCUGGUGUUGUUGAAAACGUUCAUGAAAGGAGAAACACAUUUGUUUGUUGCUUCUCAAACAUCUCAGGCUGUUGGCAUUUUACUCUUACUUUACAAGCUCACUAUCACCAAAACUUGUUCAGGUCUAUCAAUGAAGACUCAAGAGCUUACAGUGAUAUUCUUGAUUAUAAAAAUUAUGUGCUACUUUACACUCUUGCCCAAAAUUCACGUUUUACUUGAUUCUAUAAGUCUUGCAUCUACUUUGUGGGUGAUCUAUAUGAUGCGAUACAAGUUACAGAACACCUACAUGCAAGAGCUUGACACCAUGCCUUUGUACUAUGUGUUGGUGCCUUGUGCCGUUGUUGCAUUAAUAGGCCAUCCUGGAUGGCAAUCCGACAUUGUCACCAGAUUCUUGUACAUGUAUUUUACAACAAUUGAAGCUGUUUCAGUGCUCCCUCAGCUUCUCUUAAUACAAAAUGCCAAGCUGGUUGAACCAUUUACUGCUCACUAUGUCUUUGCCUUGGGUGUUGCCAGAUUCUUCUCAUGCGCGAAUUGGAUCUUUUUGCUCAUUAAUACCAAAGGAGGAUUAUUAACGCAAAUAGGGCAGGGACAUCUUUAUUUAUUAGUAAUUCUUCUCUCAGAAGUGGUUCAAACUUUUAUCUUGGCGGAUUUUUGUUACUACUAUGUCAAAAGUGUGAUGGAAGGACAGCGAACGAUGAGGCUACCCUCAAUGGUCUGAUUCUGGGAUAUAUUCGAAACUGCUAAUGUAAUGUGGAUCGAGUUUUCUAAGCUCUUAUCUUUGUUCCAUACAUUCUGUGUAUUUGGCAGCAAGACAUGUAAAUGUUUUUGGCCUCAAAUCUGCCAGUAUAGAAGAAUAGGCACCUUAUUUGUGUAAAUUGUUUUAUACGACCAACGCCUCUGUUAUAUACUUGAGUGUACCUUAUGUACUUGAAGUAAGUAAACCCGAGUUUGUACAAAAGUAACAACUAUUUUUGAACACAGUGAAUGUCUAAGCUAAUAAAUGUAACAACUAUU